AUGCGUGUGCUUCAUUGGUCAAAAAGCAAACACCCGAAACCGUUUCGAGUCAGCGCAAAAGGCAUGACCGACUCCUGUACAAAUCUUGAGUCCCCAAGUAAUGGCAUUCGUGGCCGUAAUAAGAAGACCGACAAAUCUAUCGACAUUGAAAACAACAGCAGCAAAAGUCUCAGCUCGUUACAUACAAGUGACAAUUCGUUUGUUUCUACAGAAGAAGCUACGACCGCCUAUUCAGUGUCAUUAAUUUCGGAAAAGCAAAAGAAAAUCUCAUCGACACCAACGACAUUUUCCAAUGUAGAUAGUAUUCUUUAUUGGUGGAAAUCAAUGCGUCUACAGUUUGGUGAUGGUCUAUUGUUACAAAUCUUCUUUGUUUACUUUACACAAGGUGUCCGUAGUACGCUCUGCUCAUUGGGUACGAGUUAUUACUUGAAUGAGACGUUGGCACUACCUCCAGCACAGUCCGAGUCACUGCGUGCCACUGCCGCCAUUCCAUGGAUUAUCAAACCACUAUAUGGUAUGCUGUCGGAUAUUAUACCUAUCUGUGGGACACGUCGCAAGUCCUAUCUACUCAUCUUCAGUGCCAUCUCGGCCAUCGCCUACUUCACGCUCUCCAUACCUGGACUCAUUUCAACGUACGAGAGUGCCCUGAUUGCACUUGUGGUUGCAAGUCUCGGUAUUGCAUUUUGCGACGUUGUUAUUGAUGGAAAAGUCGUUGAAGCUGCACGCAGCGAGCGCGAAGACAUGGCCGGCAACCUACAGACACUAUCAUGGAUCUCGCUGUCGGUCGGAUCGGUGCUGGGCUCGAUGGUGUCGGGCUAUGUGCUCGAUAACUACGGUCCGCUGGGUGUCUUUUUCAUCUCUGCAAUGGGUCCAAUGUGCGUGGUGCUGUUAUCUAUCAAGGUUCCGGAGGAAAAGUAUGUUCCGCAAGGAGAACUUGGGUUCUUUCGAACUGUGCAGGACCAGUGUCGUGCCUUGGCAUCUGUAGCGGUGGACCCCAUUUGCUGGCGCCCUAUGCUCUGGAUCUUUCUGUCUAAUGCACUACCUCCUAGUGUGGGAGAAGCCAUGUUCAGUUUCAAGACCGUCGAGUUGGACUUUUCCAAGUCCUUUUUGGGCUUCAUUUCCACUGUGGGCAGUUUUACCCUCCUAGGUACAACUGCUGUCUACAACGCUUACUUUCGCGACAUGCCAUUCCGUCGCAUGUUCUUCCGCAUCCAGCUGGCAUCAGCCUGUGUAUCGUUUGCAGAGUUCGUACUAGUCUCGCGUGUGAAUUUGAUGUUUGGCAUUAGUGACCGAUUCUUCAUCUUCGGUGACGAAAUCCUCUCGGACGUGGUGGCUCGUCUCAAACACAUGCCGUCACUUGUAUUGUGUGCCAAGAUUUGUCCACCGGGUAUUGAGGGCACUAUGUUUGCGCUGCUCAUGUCUAUCUACAACUUUUCAUGGUCUGUUGCCUCAUUCGGUGGCUCAUGGCUAUGCAGCUACUUGCAGAUCUCCAAGAUCGACUUUGUGGGACUUGCCACAGCGGUGACUAUUCGUAGUGUAGCCAAGGUUGUGCCGCUCUUCCUGCUGUUCAUGGUGCCUGCGACAACCAACAUCAGCAGUUCGUCCUUGGCAUCUGAGACCAAGGAUGCAAAGAUGAGGAAAGGGGCCGAGUGUGACAGCAACAGUGACGGCGUGACCAUUGACGUCAAGGUACAGCUGUAA